AUGAAUACUCGUGAGGAACCGGAAUCAAAAUCACCGCGUCUGGGCCAAGAUGAGAUGAAUGAUCUUGUGCGUCGACUGUACGACACCCAAAUGGAGCGUGCGGCUAAACGAGAGGAGGAGAGACGUCGCGAACUGGAAAGAUCACGUUCACCUCAAAAGCAAAUUCGGAAGGAAGAAGAAGAAGAUCUUGUUCGUCGUAUUUACGAUCAACAGCUAGAGCGAUUCCGGCACAGUAGAGAAGAGCGUGAGCGCCGGAUCUAUGAGGAAACACACCGCAACGAUAAGAAAUUGCCAGAGUCCGAUAUACAAGAUCAGGUAGACCGUAUCUACACACAGGAGCUUGCGAAGAGCAAAGCACGGCGUGAGGAACUACAGAAACGGUACUUGCCUGAGGCAAAAGUAAAGACAAUUGGUAAGAAUCAACUAAAGGAAAGUGUGGAGCGUCUUUCUCAUGUGGACUAUGCAAAGCGGGAUGAGGAACUCUUUAAGAAACAUGUCUAUCCAUAUGAUCCACCAACCACAAAGAUCUCACGAUCAGAAGUAGAAGCUAUGGCGAACCGUCUGUCGACGAAAGGUAAUGCAUAG